UAGCAACCCCCAAUUCAAAACAAACAGCGGCGACGGUCGGUCAUUACGGGAUGUCCUCAGAAGCCCACUACUACGACGGUCUUUGGCAGGACCGAGAUGUGAGGUUCGACGUCUCCAAUCACGAGCUCCAGUAUGGCUGUGGAGAAGAGCAACUGGACAAACUCUGUGCAGUUGAGGACACGAAAGGGAACAGCGGCGAUAAAGGAACCUUAUACGUCACAAACCUGCGAAUCAUCUGGCAAUCAAAUGCACGGUCCCGGGUCAACUUGUCUGUCGGUUUCAACUGCGUCACGGGCGUGUCGACGCGAACGGUUAAUUCCAAGUUGUGUGGAAUCGCCGAAGCCCUGUACCUCAUGACAAAGGCAAACAACAGCAGGUUCGAGUUCAUCUUUACCAAUGUGAGUUCAGCAAUGGAACAGCCACGACUGAUAACGUCCGUUCUGAAAACAUUCAAGGCAUACAGUGCCAGCAAGCUGUACCGUGACCUGCACCUGCGCGCCGCGCUGCUACACAACCGCCAGCUGCGGCUGCUUCCCCGGGAGGAGGUGUGCAGCCAGGUGAACGGGGUGUGGAACCUGUCGAGCGACCAGGGGAACCUGGGCACCUUCCAUAUCACCAACGUCCGCGUCGUGUGGCACGCCAACAUGAACGAGUCCUUCAACAUCAGCCUCCCCUAUGUGCAAGUGGCUGCCAUCAGAACGAGGGAGUCCAAGUUUGGCAAGGCACUCGUCAUCGAAACAAGCGAGAGCAGCGGGGGUUACGUGCUGGGCUUCAAGGUGGACCCCUUGGAGAAGCUGCAGCAGGUGCACAAAGAGCUGGCCAGCCUCCUGAAAGUGCACAGGGCCAAGCCCCUGCUGGGAGUGGACGCGCUCCUGCAGAGGCAGGACGAGGUGGAACCGGGACUUCCAGAGUCCGGUCCAGCUCUGCACUCGGAAGACGCAGAACUGAGCGACGUGGAGGGCAGCCAUUAUGACGCCUUUGCCGCCUACCUGGCGGACGGCACUCACGAUCGCGAUCGGGAAGUGGUGCUGAGCCCGGAGUUGGGACUGGCUGUCGAGAAGCUCCCCGACGGAUUCACCCUCGCCAACCUCUGGGAGGUGCUGCCACCUUGAGGGCUUCUGAGGACUCGAGCCUGGCAUUGCACCGACUACGUCCCUCCAUUGAACCAAUGAAAUCAACGCACUAGGCAUACCCAUACUUUAAAUGUGCAGCAGGUUAGAAUGCUUCUACAAAUAUCAAAACUAUGACACCCAAAUCAUGUUUAGACACCUAAAUCAUGAAGUUUAGGUUGUUUUUUUUUGUUAGACAUGUUAUACACCUAAACUAUAAAGGUUUAGGUGUUACAAUUAAUAUCACAGAACAUCUUUUUUGCAAAAAAAAACAAUAAAAAAAACGCAAAUUUUGUUUUUAGGCUAUUUGUAGAAAGCCGUUUAGCAAAGCUCCAGGGUCAAGCAAACAAGCCCACACGAGCAGCGCAACAGUAAAUGCCCAAAACCCCGUUGCCAAAUUCUGUCCGAAGGCACUGUACCCUAACAUUGAUUUCUCGGGUGCAUAUCCGUCCAGAAAGCCACGCAGAGGUACAGGGUUUGAAAGCCGGGCCUAGAGUUUCAUUUCACCUUUCACCACACUUCUGAAACGUUUCAGUAGAUAGAACCUCUGAACUUAUUGCAUGUUCGUGCCCAUAAUGUUGUUGACAACAUGACCCCUAUGACACAGGUCGUGGCUGGCAG